AUGCACUCGCAGGGCGGCAGUGCCGCCUUUGGUGCCCCUGGCGGCAACAGAAGCCAUUCAGAUACCACGAAACCCACCGCCCCCACUUGCACCCGCUCUACUGGCCGCUCCCCCGGCGCUGCACGUGACGGCGUGGCUGGCGGGCCGCGCAGCAGCGUUGGACGGCUCAGAGCAUCUUCUCCGCCAAACACGGCUGCUGUUGGCCGCGGCGGCCGACUUCUCGGGCGAGGGCGUGCCCCAGCUCAGCCCACAUUGCUCGGCACACGAGGUCGCUCGCCAGCAACGAUGUCUGGUGCCGGUGCAGGGCUCUCCGCUGCGCAGGACGCCAUUCAGGCAGAAAUGGACGCGUUAGCCGACGAGUUUUACGGCUCAGUGCCCUCCCGGGCGCCCGGGGACGGUACUCCUAUCUUGAGGGGGGCAUCAGUGCGCACCGUCUCCGCCGACAGCCCGUACUAUCGAGCCGAUCCUGGAAAUGGCCUCACGCCAGACACACUGCGUUCAACCACGUCGUGGUACGAGGGACCGGCUGAUCCGGCCGGCCGCACCUUUGAUGCAAGCGACAGCAAUCUGCUUUGCAUGGACGUGCUGGUGCCUCCGGCGGCGGCAGCUGGUGCUGUGGGCCGCACUCUCGCUGCCCGCACAUUUGGUGCGGCGCCGCCUUCAGCCUCCUUGCCACUGUGUGUCGUCGGGUCGGCAGAUCACGGGCUGAAGGUGUUCAAUCUGUGCACGAUGCGGGAACUGAAGUCGCUAUACACCAAGACUUGCGGACACACUGAGUGGGUGACGGCGUGCCGCUUCCUGUCGGACCGCCGGGUGAUCUCCGGUGGUAUGGACAGCAAGUUGUGCUUGUGGAAUGACGUCACCCGGGGUGGACCGGGACGGUGUGUGGACCUGCUAGGGCACACGGGCAGCGUCAGCCAAGUUGAGGUGAACGAGCGCCACGGGCGGUCCAUGGCAAUGAGCUCGAGCUACGAUAGGACGAUACGCGUGUGGGAGCUCGACGGCAUCGCGGGUGGGCGGGAGAUGGGCUGUCUCUCCGGUCACAAAGGGCCAGUGACGCAGUUCAGUUGGUUGGAAACGGAGGUGCUCUCGGGCGAUCGGCAGGGUACCGUGAAGCUGUGGGACGUGGAGACGGCGCAGUGCCAGCUAACUGCCUCCUCAAAGCGCGGCCAAAUUGGCUCUUUGGCUCACCUUGUGCACCCUGACGUGGGCCACCUCGCCAUCUUUGGCGACCAGGGCGGCGUUCUCACCGUCGUAGAUGCGCGUGGGCCGUCCUCGGCGAAGCCGCUCUUCCAGGAUGUUCUACAUCGAGGAGGGAUGGUCACGUUCAUUCGUGCCCCCUCUCCGGCCGCCGUGUCUGCUCCGCUCAUUGUGACGUGCGGCGCCGACAAGCGCAUCAUCGUGCGAGAUGCUCGCCACAACUUUGCGGAGGUGUGCACCAUCACGGACCACGACGACUUUGUUUACUCGAUGGAGGUGAUCGGCAGCCUGCUUCUGUCCGGCGCCGGCAACGGUCGAUUGCUCGUGCAUGCCGUGGAGACGGGGGAGCUGCUGUACGAGCUGAAGGCGAAUGCCGCAGCAGUGCGCGAGAUGUUCGCGUCGCCGUCGGUGCUCGUCGCUGCCGGGGACGACGGCAAUGCGAAGGUGUUUGACUUUAUGUAA